UCAAAUGCAAGGCCGCGCCGAACCGGAAUCAGUUUAGUUCAGUGUUACAACCUAGGGAGUUAAAAACGUAUCGCGCAAUAUAUUGUUGUUUUAAUUUUUUCAAGUGGUUCUAGAUUUUGUCAUUUCAAAAAAUAAAACAAAAAUGAAUGAUGAUGCUGUUGAUCUAUUGAUUAGUGCUGUUCAGAAAAGACGUGCUUUGUGGGAUAAACGUAACGAGAAUUACACGGAUAAUAAAGUAAGAGAAACUUUAUGGAAGGAAGUAGCAACUGAACGAAAUAUAACUGAUUAUAAAAAAGCAAGGAGCAAAUGGCGAGAUUUGAAGCACGUCUUCUCUGAUAAAUUAAAAAGAGGAAGCGAGUCGGAGCACAAAUGGAAAUGGUUCGAAAAAUUGCGAUUUUUAGAAGAAACCAUUCAGGAAGAGUCUCAGCGUAUAACAGAUGGAGGGGGGAUAAGUGGUCCACAAUCGCCAACUGGUGUUUCUAUACCUUCUGCAGCUUCUACUUCUUUAAAUUUAAGUGAAAGUAGAAAACGCAGAUAUAUUGCAGCAGAAGAAGGUGAAGGGUUGAAUACCGGAAUAGAAAAAUUUGACCUAAAUAAAUCAAUUGCAAGAAAAGAAGACGAGGAUGAUCCGACUUCUCGUUUUCUGAUGGACCUCAAAGACUCCAUCGAUAGUCUUCCGAAACAUUCGCAAAUGUUUGUAAAAUCUAAAAUUUUGCAAAUUAUAGCAGAGGAAAUUGAAAAAAAAUCGGAAACCCAAUAAUGCCAGUCUGCAACCUUUCCAUUAACCUUACUACAUUUUGCAGUCCACUUCAACACUGAUUAAUUCAUGCGACGCUUCAACAUUUCUUUACCUUUAGCGAUGACAAUAAAGAUUGAACAUAUUUGUUGCAUAUUUAAAUUGUAUUAAAUUUUUACCAAUACAGUGGAACCUCGAUAACUCGGAUUAAUCGGGACCGCGGCCGAUCCGGGUUAUCGAAAAUCCGGGUUAGCCGGAGAAUAUAGUAAAAAUUAAUAAAUAACCUCCAUUAUAAUUACAAAAACAUGAAAUACAUAUGCACAGUACACAUUUAAAUUACGUAUAGUUGUAUAGAGUGUAGAGUUUUGUUCAUUUCUUGGUAAAAAACUCAGUCAUACUGUAGAGAUGUACCGACACCAUAAUAUGGUAGGUCUGGAUCCAGCGUACGAAAAAAAAGUUGAUAAAUAGCAAGCUGAAAAUUUGUUAUUAGCUUAAGGGUGUCUAGUCGGACAAACAUUAAUAUAUGGGACACAUAGGGGACACUGGAACAGGGGAAGUUUUAACUGUGGAACAGGUUAAAACUUUGGAACGGUCAGACCACGAAAACGGCACAUGUGUUUUGUCCGACAGAACAGACUUAAACUCUCCGAACAGAGAUUAAACUGUCAUGCAAAAAUCAGACUGCUAUUUAUCACCAAAUUGGCGUUUUAAUGAGUGGAACAUGUAGAAUAUGUCAAAUGACAGGAAUUAUGACAGGUGAUAAAUAGCAGUCUGAUUUUUGCAUAAGAGUUUAAUCUCUGUUCGGAGAGUUUAUGUCUGUUCUGUCGGACAAAACAAAUGUGCCGUUUUCGUGUUCUGACCGUUCCAAAUUUUUGACCUGUUCCACAAUUAAUACUGCCCCUGUUACAGUGUUCCCAUAUAUCAAAGUUUAUCCUACUAGACACCCUUAAGCUAUUAACAAAUUUUUAGCUUGCUAUUAAUCAACUUUUUUUUCAUACGCGGGAUCCAGACCUAUGGUAUCAUAAUAUCAUAUUAUGAUGCUGCAAUAAAUUUAUUUUAAAUAUUCGCCUUUAUCAAUCCUACCUAAUGUUUCUAGUUUCUUUUCCAUUGUCACUACAACAUUUUUACGUUUUGUUACCAUUACGUAGACAAAAAUCACACAAACACAAUCUGAAGCACGAUUACAGAACGGAAGUGAUUAAUACGACUACUACACACAAUACGGUUACAAGGAACAAUGUUGUUAUUUAAGAACAGACUAAGCCCAUUGUUUUAAAAAGGAAUUUUUAAAUAGUCACGUCUAUUUUAAACAAUGCUAAGACAGUUUGGCAUAAAUAAAGGAAAAGGAAUACAGACAGGUUAUCUCUCAAAUAAUAUUUGGCCUACAUACAUUUUUAUUUGAUUAAAUUGUUAAAUUGUUUAUUUGUUAAAUUUUUGUCUGAUGAAAAUCGGUCCGGGUUAGCCGGACUUCCGGGUUAUCGGGGGCCGACUUAUCGGGGUUCCACUGUACAUUCUUUUAAAAACACCUAUUACAUUACUGUGUUGUUCUUACACUCUUUUAUACUAAAUAGAAAUAACUAAAAAUUUA